AUGUUCAGGGUUACCGUGAUUCUAUCAGCUGUACUUCUCCAUCAAGCAUGGGCGAGCAUACAUCUUGUAUUCGAUGUGAAUUCACCAGCGGUUGUGGGAGGAAAUGAUGCAUCAGCCAUCGCAAAUGGACUAUCUGGUACUGCAGGCAGCCAAGAAAAUUCAAUUCUCAAGAAUCAUGCACAUAAUUUCGACGAUUUAGAUAAUACGAGGCAUCAUGUCAAUUCGCAACACACAAUAACGCAUACCACACAAAUUUCUGCCUAUACAGCCGAUUCGGACGAUAUCUCCGACUCUGAUUCACCACAAAAGAAGGACGAGGCUGCAAAAAACGAAGAUUCGGGCGGUGAACGUGGUUCGAGUAUCCAGGACACAAUGUCGAAACUAGGAAAUGUCACGUUUAAGCCAAGGAAGUAG